CGCCACCCGCAGCCAUGUGGGCCACAGGUCGUGCUCCCGUUGUGCUGAUCGCCGUCGGUGGAUUCGCCCUGGUGCUUGGUCUGGUGGCCGUGACGUGCCACAAGACGUUAUACGACCACGUCUUGGACUCGCAACUGCAGCUGGGCCCCGACUCUAAACUGCACGACUCAUGGAUCGCACCAACGGUCCCCACCUACCAGACGUUCCGUUUUUGGAACGUUACCAACUGGCAGGAUGUGGCCAGCAAGCGGGCCAGACCAAUUCUGCAGGAAGUGGGACCCUACACUUACAGGAGGGAGCAACGGAGAGUCAACGUUACGUGGAACAGCAAUGACACCGUUACGUACAUGCAGAACAAUACCUGGUUCUUUGAGCCGGAUAUGUCCAAUGGAACAGUAGAAGACAAUAUUACAUCACUGAAUCUCCCUCUGCUGCUGGCUGCUCACACCAUCGAGGGCAUGCCCCCAAUCGUCAAGAAGAUGAUCAUCAACUUGAUCAGCAAAGUGGGCAGUCAGGUGUUCGUUACCAAGACAGUGCGGGAGCUCCUGUUCGACGGUUAUGAUGACCCACUGGCUGACGCCAUCGCUGCCUUGAGGCAUCAGUCGGCGCAGAGUAUUGGCUGGAAAGUCGGGCAAAACAACUCUCAUUUCUUCGAUGGAAUCAUGAACAUGGACACCGGCGCUGAUAUCUCGCACAAGGGCGAUAUCCGCUUCUUGAACUAUAGCGACACCAGCAGGAGCUUCACCAACUCCUGUGGCAUGUUGAACGGCUCGGCUGGAUCACUCUUCUCUGGACGACUGCAGCCAGACUUCGUCCAGGUCUAUGUAUCGAAUUUAUGCCGCUCUCUGAAGCUGCCGUACGAAAAGGAAGUCUCCACGGGCGGCUUGGACGUGAACCGUUACGCCGCCACGGAGAUGCUGUUCGGCAGCCCGGAGGUCAACCCUGACAACUGGUGCAACUGCCACGGACAGUGCCCACCUUCAGGUUUACUGGACAUGUCGAACUGCGCGCCGUUAAACGCAUUUGCCUCGUUACCACACAUGCUGUUCGUUGAGCCGGGGAUUGUCAACCAGACGGAAGGCCAGCAUCCGGGCGAGGACGGCCAUGUCCUGUACCUCGACAUAGAGCCGAGGACGGGAACCCCUGUUUCAAGCCGAUUGCGGCUACAAAACAACCUGCUGCUCCAGGCCAACCCCGACAUCGCGGUGCUGAACAACGUGCCGACGGCUUACAUGCCCAUUCUGUGGAUCGAAGCCGCCGUCGACAUUCCGCCGGACAUGGUGGACCAGCUGUCCACGCUGACGAAGACGGUGCCGGUGGCGCUCCGUGCUGUCAGCGGAACGCUCACCGCCCUGGGCGGUGUGCUGCUAUUCAGCGGUAUUGCUCUCCGCCGGCACCGGCUCUGAUCCGGCCCGGCCGACGACGGAUCUGAGCCGGCGCCGUGUCUGAUCCGGCUCGCUUCGACGACGGAUCUGAGCCGGCGCCGUGUUUGAUCAGGCUCGCUCGACGGAGCGGAGCCGGCACCGUGUCUGAUCCGGCCAGGCCGAUGGAGCGGAGCCGGCGCCGUGUCUGAUCCGGCCAGGCCGAUGGAGCGGAGCCGGCACCGUGUAUGAUCCGGCUCGGCCGAUGAAGCGGAGCCGGCGCCAUGUCUGAUCCGGCCCGGCCGACGGAGCGGAGCCGGCGCCGUGUCUGAUCCGGCCAGGCCGAUGGAGCGGAGCCGGCGCCGUGUCUGAUCCGGCCAGGCCGAUGGAACUGAGCCGGCGCCGUGUCUGAUCUGGCCCGCCCGAUGGAGCGGAGCCGGUGCCAGAAUUCAGAAUUCAUGUCCUAGGUAAUGUUUAGAUGUUGUUGCUCGAUAGCUCUGCUGUUUUGAAAUGAAAAUUUCGCACGGAAUAGUUAUUGAAAUAUAUAUUG